CAACACAUGUGCAACCAACACGGCGCCUCCAUAUGAUUCCUAUCUCGAUGGUGCUGUUUAUUUUUGCCAUCAAAAUAUUUUUUUAGGUUCGUUAUUAAGUUAUGUAUAAAUUCGUUCUUCAAAAGGGAUCCGAGUUUAAUUAGCAUUACAACAUGAGUAGUUUUCAUAAAACAAGUGAUUCCCGCGUUACCAUAGGUGGCACAAAAGUAAAAAACAGCUUACCGAUAAUUUCGUCUGGUAUUCCAUCGUUGGACCAUGUUAUUGGUGGUGGUCUACCAGCGGGAAGCAUUUUUGCUGUUGAGGAAGAUGUGCUAGCAAACUACAGCAAAAUCCUUUUGAAGUAUUUCUUGGCUGAAGGUGUUGCAUGCAAGCAUGAUAUCCUCAUUGCAUCAGCAGAUGACAAUCCAGAGAAUAUUGCAAAGGAAUUACCACUACCAACCACAAUUCCACAAGAUGAUGAAAUAACAUCCACAGCUGGCGACAUAGAUAAAAUGAAAAUAGCAUGGAGGUAUGAAGGACUCAGUCAAGUGGAGUCCUCUUUUGGCACCAAUACUAAUUUUGGUCACCAUUUUGAUCUAAGCAAACACAUUGAUGCUAACACAAUUGAUAAUUGCAAUAUUAAAUAUUGUAAUUUGGAUAUUGAUAGUAAGAAGGUCAAUGGUUUCAAAAAUAGUCUGUAUCAUAAUUUGCUGUCCAGCAUCAAAGAAUUAGUUUCUAAGGAAGAGUAUCAAAGUAGUGUUAAGAAAAACAACAAUAUCUUAAGAAUCGGUAUUCACUCCCUGGGUUCUCCUGUAUGGAUGGCGAUGGACUGUGACGAUGAAGCCAGUGGGACAUAUGGGCAAGACCUGAUUAAGUUCAUGUAUUGUUUGCGAGUUAUAUUGCGGGAUACUAAUGCUGUUGCAUUUAUUACCAUUCCUGCACAUCUGUUUGAUGAUGAUCACAUAAUGAAAAGGCUACUAUACUCAAUUGACAAUGCAGUCAGAAUUGAAUCAUUUGCUGGCUCAAGUCGUGAAACAAACCCAGUGUACAAGGAUUACCAUGGACUGUUUCAUAUCACCAAGUUGUCAGCCAUUUACUCACUGGUGCCUUUUGUGCCACCCAGUCUUGAUAUGGCAUUCAAACUGAAGAGGAAGAAGUUUGUUAUAGAAAAGCUUCAUUUGCCUCCAGAACUUCAAGAAACAAAGGAACGGGAGCAAGAUGACAUCACAGGCAUACCAAAUGUUAACUGUGGUGGAUUCAAAAAGAAAGAUAUCGAAUUUUAAAGUACAUAAGUACAUAGUUUAAUAUUGCUACAUGCAUAAUAACUGUAAAUAAAAUAUUUUUUUCUGAAUAUAUUUACAAGUACAAAC